AUGCUUUGCCGGGCCUCUCCCGCAUUGUCCUGCUUGUUAGCCCUGCCUGCGCUCAUUUCGGGCGUGCAGGCUGGCUGGAACCCAGGGGCCAAGAACAACCUGAUGGUUUACUGGGGUCAGAAUUCUAACGGUGGUGGCCAGCCACAAGAUCUGAAAUUGCUCUGCGAUGAUCCAGCUGUCAGCGUUAUCGCUGUUUCUUUCCUCACUGACUUCAACCCUCUCAAGCUCAACCUUGCCUCGAACGAGGCCGGAUGUACCAAAAUGUCCGGUGGCAUGAUCAAGUGCCCCUCAAUCGAGAAGGACAUCAAGUACUGCCAGGGGAAACAGAAGACGAUGCUGCUUUCCCUGGCCGGCGGCGAAUACAAAGGUAAUGGCUGGGGCAGCGCCGAGGAGGCCAAAAAGACCGCCACCAAUGUCUUCGACCUCUUUGGCCCCGCCGGAAAGGUCCCAGAGGCACAGCGUCCCUUCGGAAGCGUCGUUAUGGACGGCUUCGAUUUUGAUUUCGAGCAUGAGACCAAGGGUCUCCUACCGUUCGCGCAGCAGCUUCGCAAGCUCGCUGAUGGCGCAAAACUCAUCCUGGGCGCAGCCCCGCAGUGCCCCUUCCCUGACGCGACUCUCGGUCCGGUCUUUUCGGGCGGCGUCAAGUUCGACCUGGUCGCGAUCCAGUUCUACAACAACCCCGGCUGCGGCCUCGUGGCUUUCAAGGGGCAAGGCGGCAAGAAAGACGCCGGCAGCACCUACAACUUCGAGCAGUGGGCAAAGUGGGCCAAGACCGAGGGCCAGCAGACCCACCUCCUCGUCGGCGCCCCCGCGAUCGAGAAGGUCGGCGGCGGCGCCGUCAGCCCCGCGCAGAUGAAGCCCAUCAUCGAGUACUCUGCAACCUUCCCCGAGUUCGCCGGCCCUUGCUGCCGCUGGCGGCGGCGCCGGUGGUAG